AUGAAUUCUUUAUUUAAAUCGAUUUCAAGUCCAAGAUCAGCAUUAUUUACAAUUCAAAAGCGAACUCUGUUUGAUGUUCAAAAUGUUUGGGGACGUACAACUGUUGACACUCAAAAACCAGAAAUUAGUGGAUCAUUGACUGAAAUGCCACGACAAAAUGAAGCAGUUGCACCAUUGUCUGGUGUUCCGGCAUCAAUUUUGAAAGAACGUCGGUGUCGUAUAUUCGUUCCGGCUCGCAAUGCCAUGCAGUCUGGCACAAAUAAUACGAAAAAAUGGAAAAUUGAAUGGAACUCACAAGAACGUUGGGAAAAUCCUUUAAUGGGAUGGGCAUCGAGUGCUGAUCCACAUUCAUCUCUCAUGGUUGAUUUUUCGUCUAGAGAAGAUGCAAUAGUCUAUUGCGAACGAAUGGGUUACAAAUAUGAAAUAGUUGAACCGCCACCGCUAAGUGAUAGUUAUCUUCAGAUACUUUUCAAUGAUGAUAUGUUAUUCGAAGCAAACAAAUUUGCUGAUAUGACUGAAGAAGAAUUUGAACAAAAAAUUCUAAUGAAACCUCAACCACCACCAAUACACUCUCAAUCACGGUAUAUUCAUAUUUCUGACGAGAUUAAACAACAGUUACCAGAUGAUUUCGAUUGGCGAACGAAGAAUGCAGUUACACCGGUGAAAGAUCAAGGAACUGUUGGUACAUGUUGGGCAUUUAGUACAGUUCAAAAUAUCGAAAGCCAGUGGUUUCUUCGUAACAAUGGUUCGAUGUUGACAAAUUUAUCGGUUGAACAAAUUGUGGAUUGUGAUGGAACACAAAAGUCUGAUACUUUACAAGCGGACUGUGGUGUUUAUGGAGGAUGGCCAUUUUUAGCAUUUCAAUAUUUAAUUGCUCAAGGUGGAAUUGCUGAUGAGGCAAGUUACAGUUAUUGCGCUGGCAUAAAAUCACCAUGUGAACCGUGUAACGCGCCUGGUUACAAUAAAUCGUUGUGUGGACCACCCAUACCAUUCUGUUACCUUAAAGACAGUUGUGAAUCAAAACUUGAUCUAGCAAAAUUUGUUCCUGGUCUUAAAAUUGUAGACUGGAAAGCAAUUGAAGAAGAUGAAGAAUCAAUUGCCGCAGCUUUAAUAACCUAUGGUCCAUUGUCGGUUGCACUUAAUGGUCUGAUGUUACAAUUUUAUCAUAAAGGUAUCUUUAAUCCGCUAAUGUGUAAUCCAAAAAAUCUAGAUCAUGCUGUAUUACUUGUUGGAUUUGGUAUCGAAGGUAAAAAGCCCUAUUGGAUUGUGAAAAAUUCGUGGGGUGUAAACUGGGGUGAACAGGGUUACUUUCGAAUAUUACGGGGAAAAGGAGUUUGUGGAAUCAAUACACAGGUGACAACUGCUGUUCUUGAGUGA